CUCAUUUGAGCGUCGACACUGAGACACUGCAGCACGGAUUGCAGAAGUCACUAUGUUGAGGUCUUUCAGAGCAUCUCUUCCUCUGAUCUUAGUGAUCAUGACUGCGGGGUCUGAUGGUCAGCAGGAUUGGGGAGUGAAUUACAGCUCUUCAUCUGUUUGUGCAUUAAAGGGAUCAACAGUGAAAAUAUCCUGUACUGUAAAAUAUCCUCAUGAUCAUCAGCUCAGAUCAGUCUACUGGACCAAACAUGCUGUAACUGAUGGAGAAACACCAGACCUGUGUUCAGACCCUGAUAAAACAGGAAGAGUUCAGUGUGUCAGAGCAGAUAAAGACACUUCCAGCAUCACUUUGACUGCAGUAACAGAAGCUGAUAAACACAUCUACUACUGCAGAUUCACUACUGAUGCUGAGGGUGGAAAAUGGACGGGGAUUCCUGGAGUUCAGCUGGACGUCACAGACCUGCAGGUGGAGACACAGCAGACUGUUGUAGAGGGAGAUUCAGUGACUCUGAGCUGUAAAAGCAGCUGCUCUCUGCCUGAAGAAACUACAUUCAUCUGGUACAGAAACACAAAGACAAUAAAUAAAGGAAUCAGAACAAAGAAUCAGCUUCAUCUGUGGUCAGUCAGCUAUUAUGAUGCUGGAGAUUAUCAGUGUGCUGUAGGAGGAAAUGAACAUCUGAUCUCUCCUGCUGUUUAUGUCAAAGUACAAUGUGAGUAUAAACAAGAAGAUGAGUGAAAUAUCUCACAUGUGGAGUUUCUUAAAUUGCAUUUGAGUGAACAUGUAAAGCUUUCCUCAAACUGAUAUCUUUUGUGUGUUUUAAAUAUUUGAGCAAAACAAAAGAUUUCUGUGAUUUUGUUUUUGCUGAUAGCCUGAUCAGUUUUUCCUCAUGUCUGUGUUUCAGGGGUUGAUGGUCUGC